GGCAUAGUGUGGGGACCAGGUACAAGCUGGAAAUCUGCUGAUUCCUAGUUCAUGCCCGGUCCCCCCAAUAUGCUUCUGCCUUUUAAAUGUAUUAAGAGCCUAGCAGCUCUUAAUACAUUUAAAAGGCAGAGCUGCAGCAGAGUUAGCUCCCAGGGUUGGGAGUUAACCCCGCUAGGCUCUGCAGUUUCCCCCCAUAUAUAUUAAUUGAGUAGUCGAUGACUGGUUUAAUGUAAUUAAACAUCCCUACUUUGUACAUAUUUUUGGCCUUUCUGACAAUAACUAGAGGUCCAAGAUGGUCAGUUUGGGGUGUGUGCAGAAAGGUUUCCUUUGCCUCCAAGGUAGCAUGUAGCUGUUGUCGUGUUGCUAAAUGCAGUAAAUUGUAGGUCUUUUAAUAUACAUUUGUUUAGGACGUUUUCUUUUAGCUUAGAAACAUUCUGUCUCCACAAGAAGGAAGAAAAAUUCUAAAACCUACUUUCCUACUGACUUUUUCCAAAACAUUUAUUUAUAUAUUUCAUCAUCUGUACAAACUAUAGGAAACCAGGGAGAUUUCCGCUUCAAGUGUAAAUCUGUAGAGCAAUUUUUUUUUCUUACAAACACAUGAACAUUGGUGAUUGCAAUAAGUAAAUUUAUUAUUGUGGUGGUGCUAUCACAGUCCCUCUUUCCUUUCUGUAAGUUUAUUAAUGUUCUAAUGUCAUUAGUUAGAAAAAAUCCCACAUUUGAAAAUUAGAAUUUAUAUUUUUACAGUUUAAUCAUUUAUCAAAAGUUUUUCCACUGAAAUACUUUAAACAUUGUAUUCGGUUUUAUUUGUGCAUAAGAAGUUCUUUAGGCUUACUGGUUCAUAAAUAAAAGUAAAGUUUCAGGAAAUUCAUAGAGUGCUUUUGAAUAUAUUUACGUAUUUGAAUGUAUUUAUAUUGGCUCCUUAGCAGACCUCCUGUUGCAAUAGAUCAAUGAUGAUUUAUUUUACUAACAGGAAAAUGAGAAUAUACACAAUCACUGCUGUGACUUUCCCAGCAACAACUACAAAUUUUUGUAAUAGACUACGCUAUAUCCUUUAGGUUUUGGUUUUUAUAGAAACUUAUAAUUUUUACUACUUAAAAAUUAUUCCUUUCUUUGUUUCAUGCAUUAGAAACAAUGAGGAAAAGCUGAAGUCUGCCCAAGCCAGGUGUUUCUUGUUGGCAGCCUGCUCCCUAAUGACUCUGGCGCUCAUACAGCAGCUGCCUGCUAGUCUCCUUUGUAUGGGCUAUUGUUACUGCACACCCCUCCUUAAUACACAUGCUGCCUGGGGCAGACCCUGAGAAUGACAUCAACUUGCUUAUCUUAGAAACCUACAAACCUGAUGCAGGGUGGGGAGGUUGCCUUGCAUCUGCCUGGUCAACUAAUUGUAAAUUCUCUGGCCUAUGAUUGGCUGUUGUUCCACUCAGUAAUAGGUUAAGCAAAGACACUGCCAUUCCAUCUGUUCAACCAUUCAUUGUUCUGCUUGCUUGCCUGGAAGUCUGCAGCUGAAAUUGUGUUAAGGAGUUGCUUCUGGAACUGCUACAAGAAACCACUGUCUCUGUGUAUUCCAGCUAAUAUGCUGAAGAAUUUGUCUAAAGACGCAUAGAACUUAUAUGCAAGCCUGACAGUAGGAGUAGUAUGCUGCUUAUGCAAACUUAAAGGAACAGUUCUGCUUCAUGCCAGAAUUCUCAUUGAAGAGAACCAGUAAAGGAAGUAAUAGGUCCUUUUUCAACAAAUUAUUAAGGAAUACAGGACACUUUAUAUUCAGGAAUACAGGAAAAACAGCAAAGUGGAGUCGAGUACAUGCAGCAGCUUCAUGGGCUUGAAGGAUCACCUGGGGCAUGACCUAAGCCAUCUUUAUGUGCAGCGUGCUGACACACAAAUAAAUGCAGUUGGACCUUGGUCAAUGGUGGAGAAACCAACAAUGGAUAAAGUCAACUCUAGGAAGGAAGAUGCAAAUAAGGAGGUAUCUGAGGAGACUGAAAGCUCCAGUUGUGAUUCAGAAGAGAGCACAAAUUCUGAUAAUGAGUCAGAAAGACUGAAUAACAUUACAGCAGAAUCACAUUUACUACCUAAGACUCACCGACAACUGUGCAGGUCUCCCUGCUUAGACCCUCAUGUUCUAAAACGUAAUGAAAUUUUACAUGACCUUAAGAUAGAGGAGGCUCAGAUCAUAUCUAAGGAAGCAAAGAAGCCCCCUGAUGUGGUGAAGGAAUAUCAAACCAAACUGGAGUUUGCACUUAAGCUAGGUUACUCUGAAGAACAGGUUCAACUUGUGCUAAAUAAGCUUGGCACUGAUGCUUUAAUCAAUGAUAUUUUGGGAGAGCUUGUAAAACUUGGAAAUAAAACUGAAACUGACCAGACUGUAAAUAAUAUUAACACUAAUGUAAUGCGUGAAGCCUCUUCCAUAGAGUCUCAGAGGUCUGAGUCUCCACUUCAGGAGGAUGUGACUGAAGAUGGAGAUAACCUGAGGCCAAUAGUUAUUGAUGGCAGCAAUGUGGCAAUGAGCCAUGGAAACAAAGAAGUAUUUUCUUGUCGGGGAAUAAAAUUGGCAGUAGACUGGUUUUUGGAAAGAGGCCACAAAGAUGUUACAGUGUUUGUACCAGCAUGGAGAAAAGAACAGUCAAGACCAGAUGCUCUUAUCACAGAUCAAGAAAUCCUGCGCAAGUUAGAAAAAGAGAAAAUUCUGGUGUUUACGCCAUCUCGUCGUGUGCAGGGGCGAAGGGUGGUGUGCUAUGAUGACAGAUUCAUAGUAAAGCUGGCCUUUGAAUCAGAUGGUAUCAUUGUGUCUAAUGAUAACUACAGGGAUCUAGCUAAUGAAAAGCCAGAAUGGAAGAAGUUCAUAGAUGAACGAUUGCUGAUGUAUUCGUUUGUCAAUGACAAGUUCAUGCCUCCUGAUGACCCUCUUGGCCGUCAUGGCCCAAGCCUUGACAAUUUUCUGAGGAAGAAGCCUGUUGUACCAGAACAUAAGAAACAACCAUGUCCAUAUGGAAAGAAAUGUACCUAUGGACACAAAUGCAAAUACUACCACCCAGAAAGAGGGAAUCAGCCUCAGCGGUCUGUAGCUGAUGAACUUCGAGCCAUGUCUAGAAGCACAGCUGCCAAAGCUGCAAAUGAAGGAGGACUGGUAAAAAGCAACAGUGUUCCUUGUAGCACUAAGAUUGAUGGCACUUCUGAUCUCAAACGUGCUGCUCCAAAGAGGCAAUCAGACCCUAGCAUAAGGACUCAAGUCUAUCAAGACUUGGAGGAAAAGCUUCCCACCAAAAACAAAUUGGAAACCAGGUCUGUUCCUUCUUUAGUUAGUAUACCGAAUUCUUCAGCUAUAAAACCCCAAAGUACUGUUCCUUUAAGCAAUGGCCUUCCAUCUGGGGUUCAUUUCCCCCCUCAGGAUCAAAGAUCACAGGGACAAUAUCCUCCAAUGAUGAUGGCAACCAAAAAUCAUGGAACGCCAAUGCCUUAUGACCAAUACCCAAAAUGUGAGUCUCCUGUGGACGUAGGCUACUACUCUAUGCUGAAUACUUAUUCAAAUUUAAGUAUCUCUGGUCCACGUAGUCCUGAAAGGCGUUUCUCCUUAGACACAGAUUAUAGAAUUAGCUCUGUAGCUUCUGAUUGUAGCAGUGAAGGCAGUAUGAGCUGUGGUAGUAGCGAUUCUUAUGUGGGUUACAAUGAUCGGUCUUACAUGAGUUCACCUGACCCACAAUUAGAAGAGAACUUAAAGUGCCAACAUGUGCAUCCACAUAGCCGUCUUAAUUCACAGCCGUUCCUGCAGAGUUACCAUGAUCCUUUAACAAGAGUGCAAAGUUAUAGCCAUGAAGAACCAAAGCAUCACAAACCUCCUAUUCCGUACAUGUCUGUACAUCUACAGCAUCCUACCGUUGGUGCUCGUUCUAGUUGCCCUAAUGACUACUCUCCUUCUCAGAGUUUGCAACAUUCAAAGACCAUGCAUCUGGGUAGAGCCCUUGUAUCCACAAGAAUAGAUAGCAUUUCAGAUUCACGUUUAUAUGAUAAUUCUCCAUUAAGACAAAGAAAGCCUUAUUCCAGCCAAGAUGGGCUUGGAAGUUGGGAUAGGCAGAGUUAUGGGAUUGAUGCAUAUGGCUAUCGUCAGACUUAUUCCUUGCCUAGUAAUCCCACACAGCCAUGUUAUGAGCAGUUUGCCUUCCAAAGUUUACCUGAACAGCAAGAUCAGACUUGGUGCAUACCUUUCUGUGGAAUCCCUCAAGACCCUCCGAGGUAUCAGGACACCCGGGAGAAGGUUUAUAUAAACUUAUGCAACAUCUUCCCUCCUGAUCUUGUGAGAAUUGUUAUGAAAAGGAAUCCUCACAUGACAGAUGCUCAGCAACUUGCUGCAGCUAUUUUAGUGGAAAAAUCCCAGCUAGGUUAUUGAAAGAUGAUGCAUCUUUGUGGUGUCUAGUAGUUUUCAGUUCAGCUCAAAUGCUGAGGGAGGUUUGCUACAAUAGCAUAUGUGAUCUCCUUCUCAGCAAGGAGGUUAUAUAGUAAUCCAUUUAUGUGAAAUACAGUAUCAUGGAAUCUGUAUGCCCCAUGCAUUGGAAGUAACAGGUUUGUUUUACAUUCUAACUUGACAUUUUUAAAUGGUUUUAAGCUAUGUUAAUGACUGGAAAACUUUCCAGUCUAAGUUUAAUAUGUGUGUGUGUGUGUGUGUGUGUAUCUCUGGUCUCUAAUAAUAAUCUUUGGUGCAUCAGGGGUUUAUAUGCAGCACUUUCUAUCUUUUUGUUACAUGUUUUAUAACUUACUGGAUGUUUGUCCUUCAGCUGCAAGGCAUUAAAAGAAUCUGCAGAAAGCUGAAAGAGUUUAAUAGACCUGGUAAAAACAAUUUUCAAGCUAAGCUUAAUUUGAACUUUUAAUAACAAUUAAUUUAUUAUUUAUUUAUUUUGUGGGCUUCUUUGUGCUAUAAUGAUUUAUUUAUAGAAAACAAAGAUUUACUAUGGCACUGACUUUAUUUUUUAAAUAAAAUGUUAAGUUACCAGUUAAUGUUGAAAUGGGUAACAAUAUAUUAGUGAUUUACAGUAUGGCACUUUCAUUGCUCUUUGAAGAAUAGUUUUUAAUGAUUCAGCUGAUUUUAGUAAAAGCAGAUGCAAUCAAAGGCAAAAGAACUCAUUUCCAUUACUUUUUGGAUAAGGCAAAGCCUUGCGCUCUGAUUAGAAUAAUUGCUGAGCAUAUGCAACUUCCUUUGAAUCAGGUAAAAGCUGCAGCUGUUCAGAACUGCCUAAAAUCAGGCUGUGAAUAUUUCAGUUCAGAUACAUUUGUUAUCCAGUGCUUGUGUGCUUCUGGUCAGUAGAAAUGGAACAGAAUAGGAUUCCAGUAAAUUGUUUGAUAUGUUUCUCUUUAUUUGUAUUUGUGCACAGGUGUAAUGGAUAAAAUAUGCUUUUUCAUAAAAUAUUUACCUGUUUUUAAUUAAUGUAAGUAUUCUCAAUGCAAGUUUUGUAUUUAAGACACUGUUCAUUUUUCUUGCUAUUUAUCAAGGCUGGCCUUAGAAAGUUUUGUGUGUCGUGGAUAUGCAACAUUUAUUAACUGCACUAUGGUAAUGGUAUUGUAGCUGAAAAUGAUAAACAUUUUUGUAAGAUACUGUAUAUGUUCUAGAAGUUAGUUUUUGGCCUCUUCUAUUAUGGAGGCCCAAUUCUUGCCACAUAUAGUAUUGCUGUAGAAACAGAUACAAUAGUCUGUUUUAGUAUUAGUAAGGGAUAUUUCUGGUUUUAAGUCAUGGGUUUUAUUAUUGCUUCAACUUUUUAAUACAAGGUUUGCAAGUCAUUGACAGAGGAGUGUAUUUACAUGAUGUAGCCAAUUGCCUACAGUUUUAGGUUUCCAUGUAAAGUAACAUUGUUCAGUGUUGUUAAACCACUAGCUUACAAUAUAAGUGAUAAUUUUGAUAUACUUGCUGCAAUUUAAAGCAAGGCCCUGAAGAACCAGAAAGUACCUAUACUGUUGAUACAAAUUGUAUCUUUUUAACUGAGAAAUAUUUUGAUUUUUAGAUCUAGUUAAAACACAAAUGUGUAACUAUAAUUAGAAUUUUGGGCAACAUUUUAUCCCUUAUUUAAAACAAUAGAUUUCAAUCCAGAAUAGGGGUAGACAAAUAAAAAUACAAUAAUUGUAAGUGUCUGUUUCAAUUUUAUAUUUUUAUAAAUUGUAUUAUAAAAAAGGUAUUGGCACUUUCUUCUUUCUAAAACAUACCUAAUGUGAACUUACUAAAAUAAGGUAAAAUGCUGCCUGAAAAUGAUGUCCAAGCAAUGUAGGAAAACAUUUUCACUACUUGUGUGACACUGUGUGUUGCAAGAAGUAGGAUUAGGGUAUACAGUAAAUGCUUCUAAAAAGCAUUGAAUUUAUAGAUGUAUCCAAUAAUCUGAACCAUGUUCAGCAAACUUAAUUCAGGAAGUGUUCCUCUCUCUAGAUUUACUGUUUUUUGAGGUGGGAUCUGCAUUCAUCAGUCCCUUGUAAUAAAACAGUGCUGUAUAUAAGCGAUCUUGAGUUGGUUAGGGAGAGAACCUAUUCACCUGUGACAAUAUUUUCCCCAUGAUCUGUUAGUCACUAUCUGUAGAACAUGUUUUAAUGUAGAGACUAGUAAAGUACUGACAUAGACGUUCUAAACAGUGAGUUUUAUCUUAGUUGUGAACUAAGAUUUUUAAAUCAAAUGACACUUUUAAGUAGUACACCAUAGAGUAGGUUCGUCUGUUUUAAUAAUGAAAUGAUUGUACUAGAGUGUUUUGUCUUUAAUGUUUUUCUACAUUUAUAUUUGUAUGUAUGAAUUAACUUUUACCAAAAGAUAAUUCCUUUGAACGUGAGAAGAGAUGUGUAUGUAAUAGAUGCAUUUCACUUUUUAAUUUUUUUAGUCAGAAUGUCUCCUAAUACAUGUAUCAUUAGUCUUGGCAACAUAAUUAAAAUGGUGAGAGAAGUAACAUGGCACUGUAUGCUGCAGUGCACAGAUAAGAGCUAUCAGCAUUAGAUGAUUCCUUGUAUAUUAAUACAGUAUUGAAUCAUUUAAAGCAAGUUGAUUGCAAGAAGCAUUCUUAUACCAUGUCAAAUUGUACUUUGUCCUAAAGCACUAAAAUUACUUUACAAAAUGUAAGCACAGAAGUUAUUUGGCAGCUUUUAAUAUUGUGCAAUGAUAUGCUAGUUAAAUUCAAACUUUGCUAUAUUGUGCAAAGGAAAUUUAUUGGUGACAAAAUAUUGCCUGUUUAGUAUUUUUCUCCUUAUGAGUAAUAAAGCACAUGAGCAAUGCCUUCUGUGAUCUCAUCAUCCUGGAAGAGUUUGCUCUAAAUAGUUAAUAACAAGUGAUGGCAUACAAGUAUGUAUAGGACUGUGGUAAUACUGGCAAAACUUUACAUUUGAUUUAUGUUAUAUGCAAAGAUGCAAACAAUAUAACUGUAAAGAUGCAAUUUAUAUAUGAAGUCCAACUGGGCUAUUUACUGCUUGCCUUUGCUCAGUUUGGGUAAUAUGGCUUUCAUUUCCGGAUAAAGUAUUCAAGCAAAGCCAUCGCUGAAAAGAGGGCAACAUUUUACUUUGUUUUCAGUAUUUUAGGAGAAUUUACUUUGAUACAUUUAUUUGAUACAUAAAUUAAGUAGUUUUAAAAUGCAACACUCUCUGCUUAUAUAGAUUCAAUAUUGUAUAUGGUACGCAUAUUUCCAUAUUAAAUCCACUCACAAUUCUUCUUUAUGUAGCUAGAUUGUGAAUAUUAGCUUUUUAAACACAUCUCAAAUAUUCCAUUUUAAUGAGUUAAAUGUUCAUGAGCAAUUUUUCCCUUAUUGUUUUAACUUCAGUGAAAAAACACCAAGACUAAUUUUGGCCCAUAUUUUAUAUCAAAGCUAUUGUUAACCACUGUUCCCUCUGUUUAACAUUUUAAACAAUUCUUCCUUUUAUUUUUAAAUCUAUCACCACUAGCUACUACUUUUCUGAGGUAAGAUUUUCUCUUUGUAGGUAAUUUCUUUUUUUCCCAUAUGUCUGAAUUAAAAAACCAAACCAAACCCUAGCAGUUCCAAUGGCAGACCUGAAAGUAUCACAUUGAACCAAAUAAGAUAUUGUUCAGAUUUAGGGUGACUCCAGGUGGUGCUCACACUUGAAGAUUGGGAGUGUAGAUUGUUGAUGUGUUCUUUGCCCUUCUUUGAAUAUGUAAAUGAGUAUUCAAAGAGGAGAGGGGAGUUUGGCUAUAGCAAUCGGAGGAGACUAUCAUCUAAAAAUAAAGAUAUGGAUGAAAACCAGAGUAUCUUGUUUAGUCAGACCUAAAACCCUGGGUCAUUUGCCUUAGGAAAAAAGACUUAUGAAGAAACAUUGUUGGCUGGCAUGAUAGAUGUGAAGAUUUUAAAGUCUGGGCACCACUAAUGCCAGAAUAAGCAUUACCAAAACUUUUCUCAGGUGAAGAUUUGAGCAAGAUGGUUUUUGUGUGGUAAGACUGAAUUACUGACUGACACAUGGCUAUCAUAAUAUCAGAACGUUUAAAAAUGUCCAGUUGACUUAAUAUUGCUAUCAGACAGGUAUAAUACUGUGCAAUUAAGAGAACAAUUAAAAAAUAAAUAGUUUAGAACUUAUUUAUUUUUAUUUACAACAUAUGUAAGUUAUUCUUAUUUAUUCCUUGAUUAUAAAGAUGAGGUGGAAUACCUUUAGAUGUAACUUUUAAUUACUGUAGAAAAAAAUCAAAACGAAGCAUAUGACUAAUAAAAGCAAAUAUAUUCUUAAUUUCCAUGUUUUGUUUGAAAAUUUAGGGUUUUUUAAAUGUCUGAGCUCACAUUUUAUGUAUUUGUAAAUUAGGAAAAAAAUGGAAGUUAUAGUUUAAGAAUUUUGUUUGAACUAUAUAAAACACAUGUAGACAUUGUUCAUCUUGAAUAUGGAAAUAAUUCUGUAGUAAUCCAAUUUAAAUAACUGUUCUAACUAAAACUUUUCUAGAUACCUACACUUCUAUCUAGACUUUAUGUUCAUAUCUGUGGGAAAAGUUUCUCUUAUGCUCAAUUUAAGACUUCCAACAGCAGCUGGUGUUCUGAUGAGCUAAUCAUAUGCAUCUCUGGGCAGUAUGUACACAUGGGAGACAUACUCAUGUAUGUGCUUUUUUGCAGUGCAUUUCAAACUUUUUUUGGAUAUAUAACACACAGCAGUAUAUAAAGGUCUCUACCAAAUUGUAGUGUAUUAAUAGCUGUAGAAUACUAUGCAUAAUUUUCCUGACUCCAAAUUUCAAUUCUUAUAGUGUUCAUAAUUUUCAAUUUUGUGUUGUAUCUGUGUGUUAAUGAUCUAAGUUAAAAUUGUUAUGCCCUUUCUAAAGCAUGAGAAGCUCGGCCUGUUUUCUCAAGAUUUUUUUCAUUCCUUAUUUAGUCUUUAUAAUUUGAGACAUCAGUCUUACAAGAAUGUAUGCUUAUGUCUAACCUUAAUCACCUGAAUAAAUAAUCUCAUUAACAUUGAUGAGACUAUUCCCAGUCUUACAGCUAGGCCUGGGUAUAGGGUUUGCGAGACUGGGCCCUGACUUUGGGUAUAUUUUAGAUUGGAACCUGGUGAACAUUUUAAUGUGUAGGAUCAAAUUCUCUGCUUUUAUAAAUGGGUGAAACAGAAGUAAUGCAAGUGAAGAAUUUGGCCAACACUGCACAUGUUGUAAUUAUUAAAAGGCAGACAGAUUUCCUUCUAACGAUUUGUCCAGAUUCUUAUUCAUAUCACAUCAUUUACCUUCAACCACAUUUUUCAUUUUGUAAGAAAAACUUGUCCAGGUUUUAUAAGGCAGGUAUUUUUCUCAGCUGAAGUAUAAAAGUUUCACCAACAAAAUACAAAAAUGCAGAACUAGUGGCACAAGCCUGUGUCUUGUUUUGUUCUCUCACCCCCCCCCCCCACCCCAAUAAUUUUUAUUGAUUAGGUAGGAUUGUGUGUGUUUGUCUUGAUAUCCCCCUUGUACAAAACAGAUUGAACUAUUCCUUUCUCUCUUCACUGACUGUUGUGUACUACUUCUGUGAUGUGCCUGUUCACAUCUGUUAGUCAUAUUUUAGAUCUUAAGAAAAAUCAUUGCAAAACAUGUACAUGAAUUCUUAUAUUAGAGAAAAAUAAAGAAACCUUUUUCUCACAGCUGGAUUGUUUUUGUUUCAUGUAAGAUGAUCUUUCAAUAGCAACAUUGAAGCUAGUAAUGAAAUUGUGUCAUUCAUAACCACACAAUAAAAACUGUUUGCUUGAGCUUAGCAGAGCUAAUAUUCAGUAUAGCUAAAGAAAGCAUUUUAAAAGCCUAAUAGAUUCAUGGACUGUCUGUUCAUUCUUAGAGGUAAUUUGUAUUUCAUUGAGCUAACUAUUGUCCUCAUGACAUUAUUUUUAAUUUCUCUUAAAUAGAAGAUCCAAGUAGUUGAUAAAGGAUUAUCAGUAACAUAACAGAAUUUUUAUUAGAGUCUCUGUAUAUAAACAAUUCUUGGCUUCUUUCAAAUACUGCCAUAAGUCUAUGUUUAAUUGCAGAAUCCUGGUAGUUUGUACCAGAAAGGAUUCUGUGGUAACAAAUACUUUUUAAGUCAGGGAAAGAACAGUAAAAAACAUGGAUUGAGUUGAUUCAGUGGCCACUGACCAUUACGUGGGUAAACACACAAAAGCAGGUGAUAAGAGUGACAAUGUAAAAUGGGUUUUCACGGCUGAUAGCCAAGACCAAUGUUUUGCACAGGAGUAAGCUUCUGCUAUAUUACAUGCAUCCUUGUCAUUUCAUUGGCUGUUCAGUGACAUUGCAUCAUUACAGACCUUCUGAAAAAGAGAGGAAGUGGACUGAAAAUACAAGUUUUCCACUAACAAGAAUGUCUGAAAAGACUGCAUGAAUGCAGCUCCGCUAGUGCUGCUAACAACAUUUAUUUCUCAUGAGUUGUCCAAUGUCUCUCCCUUUGGUAAGUAGGGGUUGAACAAUUAGUAAGAUGCUUGCUUGUUUAAAAUGCUAUUAAUUAUUGAGCAGAAAGCACUUCUCAAACUUAUGCUUGAAUGUGGUGCUUUUGGCA